GCCAUUUUGUCUUAUGUGCGUUUGCGCGGCGAGGUUUGAUGCUGCCUCAGCUAGUUGGGUAAGAAGCCAGGAAGAAAGAGGAAAGUAAUGUCGGCUUUCUCGGAGUCGGCACUGGAGCGGAAGCUGUCGGAGCUGAGCAAUUCUCAGCAGAGCGUGCAGACACUGAGCCUGUGGCUCAUCCACCACCGAAAACACUCGCCACUCAUCGUCACCGUCUGGGAGCGUGAACUGCGCAAAGCAAAACCAAACAGAAAGCUGACAUUUUUGUAUCUUGCCAAUGAUGUUAUUCAAAACAGCAAAAGAAAAGGACCAGAAUUUACGAAAGACUUUGCACCUGUCAUAGUAGAAGCAUUUAAGCAUGUUUCCAGUGAAACUGAUGAGAGUUGUAAGAAGCACCUUGGCCGAGUGCUAUCUAUUUGGGAAGAACGGUCUGUUUAUGAAAAUGAUGUACUGGAACAACUUAGGCAUGCUUUAUAUGGUGAGAAAAACCCAAGAAAACGCACAUAUGAACAGAUAAAGGUUGAAGACAACUGCUCAGCUCAAAGCUCUCCGUGUGAUCCCCCACAGACCAUGGAUCUCAUAAGAGCAUUACAGGAAUUAGAAAAUGCAGCCACUGGGGAUGCAGCAGUUCAUCAGAGGAUAGCUUCAUUACCUGUAGAAGUCCAAGAUGUGUCCUUGCUUGACAGAAUAACAGAUAAAGAAUCGGGGGAGCAGCUUUCCAAGAUGGUAGAUGAUGCAUGCAUGUUGCUGGCAGAUUACAAUGGCAGGUUGGCAGCUGAAAUAGAUGACAGAAAGCAGCUAACUCGAAUGUUAUCAGACUUCCUGCGAUGCCAAAAAGAAGUCCUCACAGAGAAAGAGCAGACAUUGGAAAAGUGCAUAACUAUUCUAAUGAAUAUUCCAGCAGACCAGGAUGACAGCUUCAAGUGCUCCAUCUGUGGUUUGGAUACUGUGUUUGGUGAAUUCUGUUUUCUGUAUAGUGGGUAACCUCGGUCUUCUGGCUUGAAAAAAAAUCAAAUUAUAUUCUUGCUCUUGCCAGCAAUAGUGUUUGCUGGAAAAAAUGUCAUAGAAUGAUAAAAUAUUGAGGGUUUCUGCUAAUAGUGAAUUUUAGCAAUUAUUUGUUCAAAUAAUGCUUUGUGCUUUUUUCUUCAGUCGAGAGGAAUAAUAAUGUUCAUAGAAUACUAGAGUUGGACGGGGUCAUGAAGGCCAUGGGGUCCAGCCCCCUGUUGUUGCAGGACACCUAUUUACACCAUCCCACUCAGAUGACUUUUCAGUUUCUUUUGGAUAUCUCUAGUGUGGGAGAGCCCAUAACCUCAAUGUUGAUUCUAACAACUGUAAGUCAUAGCUAAAUUGACUUUUAACUUAUUUACAUUGCAAUCCUGUAUACAUAUAACUGGGAGUAAACCCCACUGAAUUUGGUAUGGGAGGGAGGGGCAGUCUGUGGGUUUAAUAUCAUUUGAGGAGGUUCCCCAUACAGACAAUGGAAUUUCCUGGAAUACCUCAAGGAAAGGGACUUGGCAGCCAACCCAUGCCCUCUGAGGUUGGAGAUAACAGAAUUUCCCUGCGUUUGGGAGGCUGGCAUAGCACAGGAGAAUCCUGUCAUUCCCCCCCCCCCCCACAGCUCACAUCUAGUCACAGAUGAAGGAUAACACUAGGGAUGAGGGUGCACACAAAGCCAGGGAGAGAUGCUAAGGAGAAUUACUUUUCCUGUGCUGACCAAGUUAUGUUUUUUGAACCGCUCACCAUCCCCAGUGGAAGCAAUGACAAACCUGCAAAAGAGGCACAUAACUUAGUCAGUGUAGUGAGAAGCAGUGUCUUCCAGUGCUUGCUGAAUCCCUUUCUCUGUGGCAGUGAGAAAGCAAAAAUGAGCAGGACAGCAGUCAGUACUUCAUUGGGUAUGUCCACACCUAUAUAUUAAUCCAAACUGUGGAGGUUCCCCAUCUAGAUUCUCCACUGUAGGUAAUUUAGUGCCCCUGCAGUAGAUGUUACUUCUGAGUAAAUGUUCAUUGGACUGCACUAUUAAUAGUAUAAAAUUAAUCCAAGGUACAUAAUAACUCUUCUUAAAACUUGUUGUGCCUUAAAAUUGCAGAACUAAUUCCAUACAUGGUUGCUCAUAACAAAAGUGAACAUUGUUAAUUAAGGUACCUCUAACCUCCAUGUGGGUAAGUAGUGUCUUAUGGCUUUUGUGGCAGGACAUCUUUAACAUCUAUCUAGCUUUUGUUUCAGGUGAGGAGCCUCGACCUUAUCUUCUAAUGGUGGCACCUUCCAUUAGUAAUGCAUCCUGCUAAAAAUAAAAAUCCAAAUCAAAA